GUUCUUCUGCCUAUAAAUUAACUAAUUUUAUUACACAAACCGAGUUAAAUACCAAGAUGUUUUCAACGAAUCCAAAUUAUACAAAAUUGAAAACGCAUCUUAGGUUGUCCAUAAAUCGACUUAAAUUGUUGGAAAAAAAGAAAACAGAACUUGCUCAGAAGGCAAGGAGAGAAAUAGCUGAUUAUAUUGCUGCUGGAAAAAGUGAGCGUGCGAAAAUACGCGUGGAACAAAUAAUUAGAGAGGAUUACAUGGUUGAGGCUAUGGAAAUAGUUGAGAUGUACUGUGACUUGGUACUUGCCAGAUUUGGUUUAGUUACUCAGAUGAAAGAACUUGACGAAGGCUUAGCAGAAGCUAUAUCCAGCUUAAUAUGGGUUGCUCCUAGGAUGCAUACAGAUGUGCAGGAACUCAAAGUGAUAUCUGAUUUACUAACAGCAAAAUAUGGUAAGAUAUAUGCAGAGGCAUGCAGAAAUGAAAAUGUUAAUACAAUCAGUGAGAAACUUAAACACAAGAUGUCAGUCCACAGCCCACCAAAGAUACUUGUUGAGAAAUAUUUAAUAGAAAUUGCAAAGAACUAUAAUGUUGAAUAUACUCCAGAUGAACAAGUUAUGAGAGAGGAAGAAGGUCGCGACGCCCUACUGAUCGACAUCAACGGGCCUCCGAUGCCACCAGGCUUCAUUGGGUACCCACCACAACCACAGAUGCCUAACUUACCUAACAUGCCUCCAACUACUGGCAGUCCAUUCAAUUACCCACCUCCUCAACCUUCCCAUGGCAAAGCUGGUGGUUUCAUAGCCACGGCUCCCAAUAACUACAGCGGUCCCAGUCAAUCACCUGCAGGGUACAACUUACCGCCUGGUGUUGAAUCCAAGUCUUUGACAAACAGCUUCCUUCAGGAUGAAAUGAAUAAUCUACCUCCUGCUUAUGACAGCAUUCACCACGAUACGCCAGCGCAUAUACCGGCGCCUACGCCUCAGCCUCGCACGCGUCCGCCUGCUUCAAGCCCUUACCCCGAUCUGCCUGAAUUGCCAUCAGUACCAUCCGACUUGAUACUACCCUCAGUGCCGCAUAGCAACGACUCUAAUACAAACACAGGGAACACCCCUGGGGGAUCCGACGAGAUCGACUUUGACGACCUGAACAGGAGAUUUGAGGAGUUGAAGAAGAAAAAGUAGAAAGACCCUGGGCUAAGAGCCUUAAUGUUCAUGAUGAAUCCACACAUGCUAGUUUAGAUCUGUACCCUUAGAACGUACCAAUAUCGAAUUCAUUACGUUUGAGAGUGCCAUUCAUCAUCGAGAAAUUUUGUAUGGAAACUUGAACAGCGCCACAGCGGACAAGACUACGAUAAAAGUUCAGGCUUAGGUUACAGAGGCCCAAGCAAGAAUUUUAACAGCUGCAUAAUCGCAUCGCAUCGUCAAAGUCUCUAUGAAAACAAAGCAGCGCCCCUACCGGACUUAAGAACAAACUGGCUCCUGCCGUACAAAAUUUUGACGAUGACUAUACGAUUCCGGAGCUGUCAAAAUUCGUGCUUAGGGCUCUAUUCUUCUUUAACGAUUCUUUUAACGUGAAUAUGUUGUUAAAAAAUCAAAAGUUUUCUGUUGCCCUAUGAAUGCCGGGUAUCCAAGUAACGAAUUAAUCUACUCGUAAGCCAUAGCGUUCAUAAGAAUAAAAUCAUUAGAUAAUGCGGUAUAAACUUCUUUAAACUAUAUAAUAUCGAAUUACUGACUUCAAUAAAAUAACACUGUGGCAUUUUGCGGUCUCGAUAAAAGUUUAAGAAUAAAAUUGUCUAGCAUGUGUAGAUUCAUUUUUGUAGUAUCUAGGCGUCUCAUUGUUUUAAAUGAAAUAUUGAGCUACUUCCACGCUUACUAAUGAAAUGUUUAGACCAUCGCAAUAUGGUCGAAUGAAACCCAAAAAUAUAUAAUUGGAACGACGAGUGAGUAAUAUCUUGUACGAUAAAUUUUUACCUUGUGUUAGUAACGCAAUAGUUUAUUUUCUGUUAUAUACGGAAGUGUCCUACCUGAAACCUUGACAGUUGAGCUUUUCUUGCAAAAAAAUAUUUAGAUUUGAAAUGUUGUUUAUUUCCUGUUAUAGACUGAAUUAAUGUCCUGCCUGAAACCUUGACAGGGUUCAAUUUUUCUAGCAAAUACUUUCUUUAUAUUUGAAAUGUUCUUUUUAUGGUCGUGUCGUGUCUAAAUAAUUUAUGCUUCAGAAAAGCGACUCCAAUCACGCCCGAUAGCUUUCAGUUUGAAC